AUGGCGGUCGGCAACGCGACAGACAUGGCGAACAUGCAAUCGACACAAACGCCAUGGAAAGCACCCCUACAGAGUCUAGAGGCGAUACUGAACCACUUCUGGGACACACUCAUGAAGCGGCAACAAGUAGCCCGAACCAUGACACCUGCACCACCGACGCUGCGAGAGCGGACCCGCGGAUGGAGGGAAGUUGAGGGAAUACCCUCGGGCACAACGUCGCCUCAACUACUCACCCACACGCAACCUAGCCCACCCGGGCGGCAGGCCAAAGGGCAGAAAGCCCACAAGCAUCGACCACACUGGCGGGGGAACAAGCCACGCAAGCGACAGGAAAAGACCAGCUCCCCCAUCACUCCCACACGUGGAGGAAACCCGGACCAAAGCGGCAGCCGAGUUUGUGGCAAGAAAAUGCUGGCCACUAAGCCAGCUUGGAGCUGGAGGGACACCCCCACGGACACCCGCACAGCAGCCGGAAGCAGAAAUCCGGACACACACACCGCUUAAACAAAAAGGGCGUUGGGUGAAGGAGUGAACUCACCACAAUGGGACAAUGUCUUAAUGCUAGCCCCUACAUGCCAUAACAAAGAGGCCGCGGGACUCAUUGAGCGACUGGACAAACCAGUGGACACUGACCUAAACACUAUGCAUGCCUAAUAUCCUGCACCGCAAGUACCAUGUUUCCUAG